GCAGUACCAUUUAUGAGUUAUCUUCCUUGGUCCCGUUUCCGUGGUGUGUCUGUACCCUUCACAUUCACCGUUCUGUGGAAAUGAGUGGUAAAUUUAGUGCGUUAGUCACCGUGAAAUGGCUCGUGGACGCUCUGAAAUUGUCACCUCGAAAUCUACGCGUUCUUGAUGGAUCUUGGCAUCUUCCAGUUGCAAACAGAAAUGCCAGACUUGAGUACAAAGCAGGGCACAUACCCGGAGCCUUGUUUUUCGACAUCGACGAGUGCGCGGAUCAAAAGGCGAACUACUGUCCUCAUAUGCUUCCAUCAGUCUCAGCCUUUGAAGAGUACGUGGGAAAGCUUGGCAUCAACAACAAUACGCACGUCGUUGUGUAUGACAACAACGAUACCUUCCCCGUCUUCUCGGCACAGCGUGUUUGGUGGACUUUCCGCACCUUUGGGCAUGACAAGAUAUCAGUGCUUGAAGGAGGUUUACGCAAGUGGUGCAACGAAGGCAAUCCACUUACUAGUGAUAUCGUGCAGGUACCUUCCGAAACAUUUAAGGCAACUUUCAGACCAAAUCUUGUAAAGAACUUUAAUGAUGUUGAGGUCAACCAGUUUUCUAAACGCGAAUUUGUCCUCGUGGAUGCCAGACCAUCUGGGCGAUUUGAAGGAACUCAGCCAGAACCAAGACCUGAUAUUAAGCCUGGCCACAUACCAGGGUCUGUGAACCUGCCAUUUCCUGAUAUAAUGGAUGUUGAAAAGCAGAUGUUUAAAACCAGGGAAGAACUGCAGCAACUCUUUGAUAAACUUUCAAUAGACCUCAAGCAGCCUAUGGUAGCAUCCUGUGGGUCUGGUAUAUCAGCUUGUAUUGUGGCCUUAGCUGCCUAUAUUUGUGGCAAAGACGAUGUAGCUGUGUAUGAUGGAUCUUGGACAGAGUGGUAUCAAAGGGCUAAACCAGAACAAAUGGAAAAUGUACCUGUCAACUAACCAUCACAAUCACUGUUGUAAAAGUUAUUUUGAGAAAUACUAUAUUUGAACAGCAUUACAUAAUUUCAGAUACAUAAUGUUAUCAGAUUUUAGACAUGUUUAAUCUUUGUCUUGGUAAUUCAAGAAUAAUUAUAAUACCAUAUUUACAAUGCGCAUGGUUGAUUGUUUCCUUUUUUGAACUUAUUUUAAUGACAAACCUUUUACAUUUGUUUGAAAUGUGUAACCUCUGGUUUUUAGUGAGUUUUGUCAAUCUGAGUUGGAACUCUUCACUCAUACAUGAUAAAUCUUUUGUUACACAAGAAGCAGUUUAAAAAAAAAAACAAGUCUGAAGAGUUCAGAGUAAUGUAUCUUUACAAUUACGUGCAUACCAUUGUACCUAAAUGAGCAUGCUUUUAAAAUAUGACUUCAAGCUGAUGCUAGUGUUUGUUUUUAUGGAAAUAAAAAUAGUUUAAGUGGAGAGAAGAAGGCUGCAGAGAUUCUUCUAAUAUCAUCACAUUAUUAUAUGCACUGUAUUGUAUCAGCAGGUGGCAGUUUUAUUAAACAGUUGAAGCAGCUAAA